UCUUUGAGAAAGAACAGAUGUUAGAAGAUUUACAUGGAUUGCUCCAAGCUGCUGAGGAGAAAAGGCAAGCUUCAAUUUCUGAGCUCUCUGUGAAACACCAAAAGCAUUUAGAAAGCUUGGAGGCCCAGCUUGCUGAUGCAUUAGCUGAUCGAAGCAAGGCAGAUGAAACAGUUUCUUCUCUGCAUGUGCUAGUUGCUGAGAAGGAGUCCAAGAUUGCAGAGGUGGAAGCUGCUUCAACUGGUGAGGCAGUGCGACUUAGAGCUGCUUUGGAGACUGUGAAAGGAGAGCUUGGUCAGCUGAAACUUGAGCAUGAGAAAGAAAAAGAAAGCUGGGAAGCUGCAAACAAGGCACUCAAAACGAAGCUGGAGAUGGCUGAAAGUACCUGUAUACGUUCUGAAAUUGAAGCUGCCAAAAUGAGAAGUCAACUGGAAUUAGAGUUGUCUGUGCAGAACCAGAUCCUAAAUUCAAAAGAUGCUGACCUUGCAGCUGCGAAAGAGGAGAUCUGCCGCCUAGCAAGUGAAUUUUCUUCUUACAAAGUCCGGGCUCAUUCCCUUCUGCAGAAAAAGGAUGCAGACCUAGCUGCAGCAAAGGACUCCGAACUACAAAAAUCUCAAGAGGAAGCAUUAAAAAAAGCCGAAAAGGAAGUAGCAUUGGCAGCUGCAGAAAGGGAUGGAGCACUCCAAGAACUUCAGGAUGCUUUGGCAAAAUAUGAUAAAGAGCUUGCAGCCAGAGAUGCGGCUCUGAGUGAUGCUGAGCAGCGGAUUAGGAGCAUUGAACAAAAGCUUGAUUCUGUUAAUACACAUUACCAUUCACAGAAAGAAGCAUGGCAGAGAGACCUUGAGAAUUUGGAAGAAUCUUGGCGAUUGAAAUGUCAGGCAUUAGAGGCUCAAAUUGAUUUGGCUGCUCGGCAUGAUGUACAUAAUGAAUUAGGGGAGCUUAAGCUACAGUAUCGGAAAUUGAAGGAAGAACAUGACUCAUUUCGUGAUAUUGCCGAUAGAAUGAUCGAGGAUAAGGACAAGGAGAUCUCUAGACUCUUUAGUGAUAAUAAAAAUCUUCAACGAUCCAUAGAAUUGAGGCCAUCAGUUGAUCACAACGGAAACCACAACUCAGCUUUUCAAAAGAUGGAUACUCAAAUUUCAAACACCUCUGCAGCAGAACAGCAGAUUCUGCUUCUGGCACGACAACAGGCUCAGAGAGAAGAAGAAUUAGCACAGUCACAAAGGCACAUCUUAGCACUUCAGGAGGAAAUUGAGGAGCUUGAACGUGAAAAUCGCCUGCACGGUCAACAGGAAGCCAUGUUGAAGGCUGAGCUGAGGAAUAUGGAAAGAAUGCAAAAGAGAGAAGGGGUGGAUAUGACAUAUUUGAAAAAUGUUAUUUUGAAACUUCUUGAAACAGGUGAAGUGGAAGCCUUGCUACCUGUGAUAGGAAUGCUACUUCAGUUUAGCCCUGAAGAGAUCCAGAAGUGCCAACAGGCAUCCCGCUCCUCAACUGAUGUUCCACCAAGCCCUGCAAGUGAUGCUUCAGCUUCUGGUCUCUCCCUUUUCUCAAGAUUCUCAUUGUCAUAACCUUUUUGGUGGAAAAUUCUUUUCUUGGAGUUGACUACGACCUAAUGCCAUUCAAGAUGCCAGGAUAUUAUUAUUUACAUGAUGCAGCUGUGUUUUGAGCUGCAACUUAUCUGGAGAAGAACCUGACUGUUGCAUUCAAAUUCCAUUGAGAAGGAUGAUGUAUUUUUUGUAACAUUAAGCCAUAUGUAACACAGACUAAAUAUUGUAAAGAACCAUUAAAGUGAAUUAGAUAUUGUAUUUCAGGCGGACGAGAUGGGAAGUCAGUAAACAUGAAAAUCCAUAUUCUUUUCCUCCUUCCA